AUGGGUCUGAUGUUGUCAAACACAACACUACGUCUCUCGACAGCUAAUAACAACAGAGCCAGCUCCUCAGGUGGAGGUGGCCAUCCCAGAAAAAAAAAAAACCAGAACCGAGCAGAGACCCAGAGGCAGAGACCCGGAUCCAUCCUCCAGAGCGCCCCCAGAAACAUGAUCCUCCUGUUUUACGCCUCGCUGCACGUCCUCCUCUGCCUGCUCCAUCAAACCAGUGGAUUGGUAACAUGCGGAACCCACCAGUUCCAGUGUGGGAACGGGAAAUGCAUCACGCUGAGGUGGGUGUGUGACGGCACCGACGACUGCGGGGACGGAACCGACGAACUUCCUGGCACCUGCCUGGCCAGAACUUGCCGACCGACGGAGUUCAGCUGCCGGGACCGCCUGAACCAGUGCGUGCCGGCCACCUGGCGCUGCGACGGGAAAGCCGACUGCGAGAACGGCGCCGACGAGGAUGGCUGUGCCGCCAAGCAGUGCACGGCCUCAGAGUACCACUGCCGCAACGGCCAGUGUGUCUCCGCCUCCUUCGUGUGCGACGACGAGGCGGACUGCGACGACGGCAGCGACGAGGCCUCCUGCCCGCCGGCCACCUGUGGCGCCGCCUCCUUCCAGUGCAACAACAGCGUCUGCGUGCCCCGCCUGUGGGCCUGCGACGGCGAGGCCGACUGCCUGGACGGCUCGGACGAGUGGGCCCAGACCUGCGGCACCGACAGCCCCGACUCCCCCACCGCCGCCCGGCCCUGCUCCGACCUGGAGUUCCACUGCGGCAGCGGGGAGUGCAUCCACGGCAGCUGGCGGUGUGACGGCGACGUGGACUGCCUGGACCGAUCGGACGAGGCCGAGUGCGCUCGUUCCACCUGCCGUCCUGACGAGUUUGAAUGUGGGGAUGGCACCUGUAUCCAUGGCAGCCGGCAGUGCGACCAUCAGUACGACUGCCGAGACCGGAGUGACGAAUCCGGCUGCGUCAACGUGACUCACUGUGAGGGUCCGACGAGGUUUAAGUGCCGCAGUGGGGAGUGUAUAAGCAUGGAGAGAGUGUGUGACAACAAGCGUGAUUGUAGGGAUUGGUCAGACGAGCCCAUUCGGGAAUGUGGCUUCAACGAGUGUCUCUACAACAAGGGGGGCUGCUCUCAUAUUUGCAAAGACCUGAAGAUCGGCUAUGAGUGCUUGUGUCCAUCCGGAUUUAUGCUGGCCGACCAAAAGCGCUGCGAAGAUAUCGACGAGUGUGCCAACCCGGACACCUGCAGUCAAAUCUGCAUCAACCAGAUCGGCAGCUACAAAUGCGAGUGUGAGGAGGGCUACCAAGUGGACCCGGCCACUAAAGCCUGCAAGGCCAUUGGUACCAUCGCCUACCUUUUCUUCACCAACCGGCACGAGGUCAGAAAGAUGACGCUGGACAAAAGUGAAUACACCAGAGUAAUCCCCCGCCUAAAGAACGUGGUAGCCCUCGACAUGAACAUGGCCACGAAAGAGCUCUACUGGUCUGACAUCUCCCAGAAGAAAAUCUACCGAACUCUGAUGGACUCGGCCGAUGACUCCUCUCACCACCACAUAGUGAUCGAUAGCGAUAUCGAUGCUCCGGAGGGGAUCGCUUUCGACUGGAUCCACGGCAACCUCUACUGGACCGACAGCGUCCGCAGCACCGUCUCCGUGGUGACGGCCGACGGCAGCCGCCGCAAAACUCUCUUCCGCCAAGAUUUGUCAAAGCCCCGCGCAAUCGUGGUGGACCCCCACAGCAACUUCGUCUACUGGACCGACUGGGGUAAUCCGGCCAAAAUUGAAAAAGGAGGUCUUAACGGAGGAGACCGCAGCGCUCUGGUCACCGACGACAUUGUUUGGCCUAAUGGCCUCACACUGGACCUGCUAAACCAGAGGCUCUACUGGGUGGACUCCAAGCUGCACACUCUCUCCAGUAUCAACGUCCAGGGCGGGGGCCGCCGCACCCUCAUUAUCGACGAGCACAAGUUGGCUCACCCGCUGGGACUCACCGUUUUCGAGGAAAAAGUGUUCUGGACAGAUGUCAGUAAUAGCGCCAUCCUCAGCGCUAACAGACUGACAGGUGAGGACAUCGCACCGGUGGCAGAGCACCUGUCCUCACCGGAGGACAUCAUCCUUUAUCACAACCUCAAGCAGCCUGCCGGGAGGAACUGGUGUCGGGUGGCUAACGGCACCUGCGAAUUCAUGUGCCUGGCGGCCCCUCAAGUCGGUCGACACCCCCCUAAAUACACCUGCGUGUGUCCCGACAACAUGAUGCUUGCCAGUGAUAUGAGAUCAUGUGUUCCCGCCGUGCCGACCCCUGUAGCUCCUCUGCGUCCUCCGACCCCGACUACACGCCCCUCCCGCCUGAGGCCGGCGCCGCCCAGAACCACGCCAAAGGCCACGCCAAAGACCACGCCAAAGACCACCGUUAGGCCCCCGGUCCGCACCACCACGGCGCCCGUGAUUAUCACCAGUACCACGGCCAGGCCGAGGCGGCAGACCACGAGGCCCCCGGUCAGGCCCACCACCAAUCUGCCAAAGAUGGCCUCGCCACAGUCGGAGAAGCCCGAAGUCCAGACGGCCACCACCGAGGCUCCAGUGACGUCUCCUGAUGUCCGGCUUGUAUUUGCCUCUGAUAGGCCGAAGACGGCCCCCACCGGCACUUUAGCGAUGUAUUUCAUCUUACCUCUGGCCAUCGUUUGUCUGGUGGCUGUUGGUGGCGCGCUGCUGUGGAGGAACUACAGGCUGAAGAACACCAACACCAUUCACUUUGACAACCCCGUUUACCAGAAAACCACCGAGGACCAGGUGCACAUUUGGAGGAGUAACAGCCCUGAUGGGUACACCUAUCCAAAGAGACAAAUAGUCAGCUUGGAUGAAGAAGCAGACAAUCCAACCUUCAGUGAAAACUGAGAAAUGUAGGGCAGAGUGGAGAUAGCCCCUCUGUGAUAAGCUAUAUUCAAAGUCCUAUGGCAUUUUUACCUCACGCGGCACAUAGAUACGACCGUCUGCCAGCCUUGAACCACUAAAUCCUCACAAACAAUCCCCCUACAGAGGGGCAACAGGGUGUAUUCAGGUGAAUUUUAUUUUUUACCACUUCUACAAACAUACCAAAUCAUGAGAUUACGGACUUCUCUGUUAUUUUUCUUUCCGGUGAGGUUCGAACUGGGAUGGUGAUGGUGGAACCGGAAGUGUUGCCUUGCUUUUUCGUGCUCCGUUCGUAACUUCUUCUUUUUUUCUAUGUCCGUCCACUUCCUGACCGGUCCAAACCCUCAGUCGUCGUCAGGCCAGACGCGUUUUUGUAAAUAUCCGUCCUGUAGAAGGUGACUAGCUGUUAAUGGAACGUUUGCGUACGUUUGUAAUUUAAAAAUGAGCAAGAUCGAAUGUGUAUUUAGUUAGUUUGUUACUAGUUUGUGGCCCUGCUGUGGAACGGGUCUGCUGACAGUGACUUUAUAUUUUCAAUUAUGUUGGUAACAACAGCACAAGCGCCAGUUGAGCCUCUGUGACCUCGUCCCAUGACAAUGUGCGUGCCUUAUGGGAGCUGAACUCCCAGCGACGGAUUCAGAAGUUGUGCGAAAAACAAAACAAAACAAAAAAACA